AUGCAGCAAUUGGCGGAGACGGCACAAUUAGCAGCCCAGCUUGCAGCUUUGGUUGGGUCACACAGUCCGGAUCAAACACCUAUGCAACCUGCUCAGGCAUUAGCUCUAGCACAGUUUUUGAUGAAUCGAGGUGUUGGAUUGGGGGUUGGUAACACAGCGCCCAACUGUUCCAAUGUUGGCCCAAACAACUCAAGAAAAGAUGAGUCUUUCGAUGAAGUGUCUAGUGCCAACUCAUCUACUUUGAAUACUUCCGGAUCUUGUGGUGUAAACGAAAGACGUCAGGAAUCACAGACACAAUGGCCUACUCUUAGUUCUUCAGUGAAUCGAAAUUCAUCUCAUACUGGUGAUGGCAGGUAUAAUUCACUAAACAAAACAUCCGAUUUGUCAUAUGCAAAAAACUGUACGAAUAGUUUACCAGAGAAUUCAUCCAAUGUUAAUUCAAGCGUGCAUACUCACCGUUCAACGCAUAUAAAUAAAUCACAAUCAACAGUUACAAAGUCGUCAAUUAGUCCUCGAUCAACAAAUGCUAAGUCGAAAAGUCUAUUAUUUGAUUCAACUUCAUCUGAGCCUGUGAUGAUGACAUCUCCGGAUAAAUCAAGUUCGCUAGAUAAUGAAUACAAUCGAAGUCAGCAGAAUGGUAGAUCAACAAAGAACACUGAAAUUUCUUCUAAUGUUUCUUCGCGUAGCACUGAAGUGAAACAGAAUUUAAAUAACCUAUCCCGAACUGGAUCCACAAAUCAAAGUAAAACAAAGGCUAAGCAAUCAUCUGGUGGACAUUUGGAACGUGGACAAGUGUCAGAUGCUCGUUUUGCACGUCUCGAAUCUGAUUCUGGACAUUCAUCAAAUACCACAGGAGUUAAUAAUACAAGUGCAAACAACCAAAAAUCACUGAAUAAUUCGAUCUCUAAAGCAAACAAUAUUCGGUCACCUACAAAAGCAGUUAUUCAGAACAACAAUACCCCAUCGCCUCAGUCAAACACUAGCGGGAAUCUUCGUUCAUCUGAGACUACAUUCUCAUUAGUUGUAUCGAGUUCAGAAACAGAUUCUGACCAGACUGUAGAAGAAGAACUUAAAAAGCUGACACAAUGGUGUCAGUCAAGGCUUAGUUCAAUGCCGAUGCGUGAAAAAGUGGAUAUUCCAACGGUUGUUGAAUUGUUGGCCACACUGGAUGCUCCUUAUGAAGUUGAACGAAUGGUACAGACAUUUUUGGGUGAAACAGCUCGCACAACUCAGUUUGUCAAAGAUUUCCUUGAUCGUCGUCGACCUUUUUGGCAGCUUCAUAGAAAACGGCGUGAACAAGCUAGUAGUAUGGAAGAACCUACGGGUCAGAAUAGUACAAGUCAAUGUGUCAGUACAGUUCGAUCAUCUGAGAAAAAAAAGCGUGCAAACCCAAAUGAUAGCAAUACACAGCGCCAGAAUUCCAACACUUGCAACGGUCUUAGUUGGACGAAAUCGGAUUCUGUCCACCCACCGAAUGCUGAACAGAUCCAGGAUAAUCAGUGGCACCAUAUCAAACCUAAAGGAAGUCAUAAUCGUAAAAGCAAAAAAGAUAAAUCGACAUAA